GGAUUGGAAUCAAAUCGCGGGGUUUAUCGAGAGAAAAAUCAAAGUCGGACUGACGGGAAGUAACUCACAACUCACCACUCACCACUUGCUAUCUUCAACAAACGCGAUCACGACUAUUAUUCAUCGAAUCAGUUCAAGCGUGGACCAUAUUUCAUAAUUAUAUACAAAGUAACACUGCUACUAUUUUUUUUUCCUAACUUAGAAUGAACGCCUCAUCCGACCAAUCGCACUUUUCGAAUCUUCGUGCUCAGGCUGAAAUCUUAGAUGGGGAGGAUGGACUCCGUCGUUUGAGAGACGAAUUUCAAAUCCCCACUAAGGCUGAUAUUAAACGAACAACACUGGAGCAGCCGCAGCAACAGAAGCAACAAGAUCGUAACGAUCCCGCCCCAGCCGACGAGACAACCGCGUGUACAUACCUCUGCGGGAACUCUCUCGGACUGCAACCCAAAAGAACAGCAACUCGCAUCAACCAGUAUCUCCAAACCUGGUCCACUCAGGCCGUCCAGGGGCACUUUAAGCCUUUAGACGACUCUCCUCUACCGACAUGGCUCGACGCUGACGCUCGAGCUGCCAAAUCGAUGGCCUCCAUAGUCGGCGCGGACGAAUCAGAAGUAGCUGUCAUGCAGACCCUGACAGCGAACCUGCAUCUAUUGAUGUCCGCCUUCUACCGUCCGGAUCCAAAGGGGAAGCACAAAAUCAUCCUAGAAAGCAAGGCUUUCCCAAGCGAUCAUUUUGCCGUACUAAGCCAGAUCCGCCAUCAUGGUCUCUCCCCAAGCACGUCCAUGGUGACCAUAGAGUCGCCCUACUCGGAGGACGCCCUCAUCACCACCUACGACAUCCAGUCUAUCAUCUCGAAGCACGCAUCAGACACGGCGUUGAUCCUGCUGCCCGGCAUCCAGUAUUAUACCGGCCAGCUGUUGGAUAUCCCAACCAUCACCGCGUACGCGCACAAGCACAACAUCUUCAUCAUCUGGGACCUAGCGCACGCGGUGGGCAACGUCCCCCUUCACCUGCACGACUGGGACGUAGAUGCCGCGGCCUGGUGCACGUAUAAGUACCUCAACGGCGGCCCGGGUUGCAUAGGAGGUAUGUUCAUCAAUUCUCGCAACAGCUUAGUGACCACGACGAUCGCCGACGAGGAACCCGAGAGGGGAUACGGCAAACGACUGUCAGGCUGGUGGGGAAAUGACAAGGCAACUCGCUUCCAGAUGGAGACUAAGUUCCACCCCGUAAAAGGAGCAGCCGGAUUCCAGCUGAGUAACCCCAGCAUCCUCGACAUCACAAGUCUAAGCGCCUCGCUCGAGGUUUUCGAACUUGCCGGCGGAGUGUCGCCCCUCCGAGAGAAAUCCAAGAGGCUUACGGCGUUCCUGGAGCAGUGCCUCUCCCUCUUAUCGGAAGAUGCCAAACAGCUCUUUAGAAUUAUCACGCCGUCCGACCCGGACCAGCGCGGUGCCCAGCUGAGUCUGUUGCUGGCAGACAGUAUCCUAGACCCGGUGAUGAAGGAGUUAGAGACGAACGGAGUCAUCGUAGACGAGAGGAAGCCAAACGUAGUCCGCGUCGCUCCUGCUCCCCUGUACAACUCGUUCGAGGACUGCGUCGCGUUCGCCGAAGCUUUCGAGUCAGCCCUGGUGGCGACGCAGAAAGAUCUAUAAAUUAGCCCCUAUCGACGAUAGUGAUUAGACGUUUCCUUCUUACCAAGCCGAAUUUAAACUCGUAUACUUUUGGACGAUAAAGGUAAAUUGUAUGUAGGAUGGGGUUAGAAUAGAACGAGAAGCGACACGGAUGAUAUUCACUUUACAUAUUCAGUUCGGCCAAGAGCUGUAGGACUAUCCAUACCCUUUUUUCGUACUGUACUUUGCGCGGGCGUCAUCUACAAGGACGUAUCUUGGACCUUUAUGCUACUUCAUAUACAUUUCUAAUUUUGAACUCUUUUAAGCUCUCAAAUUUGAUUCCCUCUUCUCUUAGACCGGUUCCGAUUAUUAUUAAGCAGAAUCUGGGGCAAGUAACAAUUCCCUGGUAUCCGUAUCAACUAACCUACCAUAUAUAGUCACAUA